UACAAUCGAUCUAAUCCUUAAUUAUCAAUGCCGUCAAUUUGAAAAACGAUACGUUUUAUCUUCCAUAAGCUUUUACUCUUCUGAGAGAGACUAUAAAUAGACUAUAAAUGCUGACAAUAAAAUCAGUGCAAAACAAAAUGAUCUCACAAAUGAUCUUCUUGCUAGGAUUUUUCCUGCUAGGACUCAACUGUCAUGCAGAAGAUCAGGAACCCAAAGUUAUUACACCAUGGACUCUUGUUUACGCUGUGCAACCUUACUAUCAAUCUGAAGCUCUAAUUAAUUUAUGGCAGUCUGAAAAAAGCUUGAAAUUACCCGAGGAAUUAUUGCCAUUACCAUCAUCUCCAGUUGAUAAUCACCAGCCGGAAAAUAAGUCAAAUGUCAAUGGCACUGUCAGUGACAAUCAAUUGAAUGUCAAACAACAACAGCGUGAUUUGAUUCCUCCUCAGCAUCUCAACAAAGAAAUCGUUUCUGAAAUUACUUACUGGCCUCCAAGAAAUUCUCCAUCUCAACAGCGACGUCCAGUUAUGAUCCCGCGUUACUUUGAUUCCGUUUAAAAAUCUCCCGCUUGCGUGAUAUGACAAUCGAUACUCGAUCUGCUGCGGCAUUUAAAAUUAAAAUAAAAAACCACCGAAAUUAUGUAUUUAAAAAUUUCGAUUACACGAUAAUUAAAAUGAUAAAUAAAUUAAAAUACUGAAUGUAGUUAAUAGACAACUGUAAAAUUUAAUUUUAUUAUAAAUUCAAAUAAAUAAAAUUGGUUACUGUGCAAACUAAA